AUGGGCGAGGGUGUAUCGUGUGAGCGCAUUCCGCAGUUGCGUGCAGAAAAGGCUUACCAGUUUUUCAUGGCGGAAUCCAAUACACGAAGCUCGUUAUCCCUACUUCAGGUCACAGCAAUCAUUUUACGCCGCUAUAUUCCAUGCUUGGGAAUUGCAGCCAAAGCUUCGAUUAAGCGCCACCCAAUUUAG